AUGUCCGAUAGUGAUGUUGAUGAUGGUAUAAAUAUUGACAAUGAUAGAGGUUUGUCCGAUGAUAAUUGGGAAUCAGAAGAAUUGCUUAGUGGAGGAGAAAGUCAUGGAGAAGAUGAUGAAGAAGACAGUUAUGGAAAGUUUGUAAGAUUUAGUAUGCCUAAAACAAUGGUGGAUUACAAGUGGGAUUUGGGGACUUAUUUUGUUGACAAGCAAGAUAUUAUGGAUGCCAUCAAAAUGUAUGUAGUAGAAAAUGGAAGAAAUCUAACAUAUGUUAAAAAUGAUAAGAAGAGAAUUAAGGUCAAAUGUAUGGGUGGUAAAGGAAACUGCCCCUGGAUGGCAUACUGUGCUUAUAUGAAUGCAGUACGAACGUGGCAAUUAAGGACUAUUGUUGACAACCACAGUUGUAGUAGAGAGCACAAAGUCAAAUUACUUAAUUCAAAAUGGCUGAGUAAGAGGUUGGAGAAAACUGUGAGAGAAAAUCCCAAAGUCAAGGGAGUGGAAAUUCGUGACAAGAUAAGUAGAAAGUGGAAUGUAGGUGCAUCUAGAUCCAUGGCUUAUAGGGCAAAGGCCAUUGCUUCAGACCAUGUAGAUGGGUCUUUCAAAGAGCAAUAUAAAAGGAUAUAUGAUUACGCGAAUGAGCUCCUAACUCAUAAUCCUGGAUCCACAGUGAAGGUGCAAGUGGAAGAGAAUGUUGGUGGACAUAUUUUCAAGAGGUUCUAUGUUUGUCUAAAGGCCUCCAAGGAUAGUUUUGUGUCCUGCAGGCCAAUUAUAGGGCUAGAUGGUGCUUUUUUAAAAGGUAAAUAUGGUGGGGAAUUGCUAACUGCUGUUGGAAGAGACGCAAAUGACCAGAUGCUACCUCUAGCAUAUGCCAUUGUGGAAGUAGAGAACAAGGACACGUGGAAAUGGUUUCUGGAACUUCUGGUUGAAGACGUUGGUGGGGAGCCAGUACAUGCAUCAUUGACAUUCAUAUCAGAUCAACAAAAGGGCUUAAUGCAAGCUAUUCAAGAAGUGGUCCCUGGAGUUGAUCAAGGCUUUUGUGUUAGGCACCUUUACGCAAAUUUUAGGAAAAAAUUCCCUGGAAAGCAGCUAAAGCGGUUGAUGUGGAAGGUAGCUACAACAACCCAUCCACAAGCCUGGGAAACCGAAAUGAAAAAAUUAAAAGAAGUCAACAUUGAGGCUUUCAAAUACCUAAUAAAAAUUCCUCCUAGAUACUGGUCACGAUCAAGGUUUACCACCACUUCUAAGUGUGAUACUUUGGUAAACAACAUGUCAGAGGCAUUCAACAGUGUUUUGGUGCAUACAAGGUCAAAGCCAAUCAUAACAAUGUUGGAGGAGAUCCGCCUUUACUUGAUGAACAGAUGGGCAACAAACCGAACAAAAAGUGAAUCAUUGUCUGGGUUGAUUUGUCCUAAAAUCAAGAGUAGAGUUAAUAAGGAGUCCCAGAUAACUAAAUUUUGGAUUCCUAGUUGGUCAGCACUGAAGCUGUUUGAAGUCCGUCAUGUGUCCCAAGCUGGGGACACGUUUGUAGUUGAUAUAGACAAAUAUGAAUGCACAUGCAGGAAAUGGGCUAUCUCGGGCAUUCCAUGUUGUCAUGCGUUGGCUGCUAUGAAGUUUCUGAAUUUAGAUGUAGAGGACUUCAUCCCUGUUUGUUUUAGGAAGUCAACAUAUGAAGAAAUGUACUCUUCCAUUGUGUAUCCAAUUAAUGGUGAGAACAUGUGGCAGAUUACCCCAUAUAAUGAUGUGUUCCCUCCAAAAAAGAGAAUAUUGCUAGGGAGGCCGAAGAAGAAAAGAAGGUUGCAGGAAUGGGAGUUAGUCAGGGACGACACAAGAAUGAGGAAUGGUGGUAUACAUAAAAGAUGUGGCAUUUGUAGGGAGCUGGGUCACAAAAGAACUUCUUGCCAGAAAUCAACCCAAGAUUGUGAUGUGAACCCUGACCAAACACAACAAAGCAACCCAGCAAAUGAACCAAACAUACCAUCAUCAAAUGAGCCUGAAGCAUAA